AUGGCGACCGAAACACCUUCUAAUAUCCUCCGCAAGAGGACAGCUGCCGAUAUGACGGUCGUCCAAAACUCGGUCCGUCGCGACAGCACCUCGCGAGAGGCUAAUGGAGAUCUCGAACGCGGUUCGGGGUCGUCAAUAGCUCAGCAUAUUGCUAAACUAGUGGCUCAUGAGGUUGGGCCUUCGUUGCUUACAGUUGGGGUGAUGUUGAGCUUGAUCUUCGGAGGAUGCUGUUCCAAUGUGUAUGCUCUUGAAGCAAUCGUCAAUUUUGAACCCUCUAGCGGAACCCUUUUGACAUUUGUGCAAUUUCUUUUUGUCGCCGUGACAGGAUUCAUCGCUCAAUUUGAUACGAAUAGUCGGUUCUUUCUUACACCAAACAAGGUCCCUAUCAGCCGCUGGAUCUUCAAUAUUGUUCUCUUCUUCACUAUCAACCUCUUGAACAACCAUGCCUUCAGCUACGAUAUCUCCGUCCCAGUUCAUAUCAUCCUUCGAUCCGGUGGAAGUAUUACGACCAUGGCCGCAGGUUAUCUCUAUGGCAAGCGGUAUACCCAAACUCAGGUUGUUGCUGUCUUUCUCUUAACACUCGGCGUGAUCCUGGCUGCAUGGUCUGAUGCUCAAGCCAAGGGCACAAGCGAAAGCAGUGGACGCCCAGCCUUUAGUACUGGACUCUUGAUCCUCUUCGUGGCUCAGGUCCUCUCUGCUAUCAUGGGACUUUACACUGAGGCAACUUACGCCAAAUACGGACCUCAGUGGAAAGAGAAUCUGUUUUAUUCCCAUGCCUUGUCUCUGCCAUUAUUUCUGCCUUUUGCCCCCUCAAUGGCCCGAACGUUCUCUCAUCUCAUGACAAGCACUCCGAUGCAACUUCCGGGGAUAUUUGGUUCUGUAUUUACCAAAGUCACGAUGCCCAGCCAGAUUAUCUUCCUCAUUACCAAUGUCUUAACACAGUAUGCUUGCAUUCGCGGCGUCAAUCUCUUGGCCGCAGCGUCAACAGCCCUCACCGUCACUAUUGUUCUCAAUAUCCGAAAACUCGUCAGUCUACUUCUGAGCAUCUGGCUGUUUGGCAACCAGCUUGCUUCCGGCACAUUACUCGGCGCUGUCAUAGUAUUUAGUGCCGGUGGAUUAUAUACAGUCGGAUCACGGAAGAAAGCACCAGCGGAGAAAGACGUUCUGGCUAGGGACCAUAAGGCGAGUUGA